AUCUCACGCUUCGAAAACCCAAUUCUGCCCUUCCCCUCCUUCCUUCCUUCCCUCCUUCCUUCAAGAUACGUCGUAAGCUGGCCCUUCUUGGCGCUGGAACAUUCAACUGGAGUUGACGUUCGCGGUCGCUGAAAGAGGACAUGUCCGUCGCUGUUCCCUUGUCGCAAAUGGACGUGGAUGAUGAGUCUUUGCCUAAUUCUUGGAGUAGUAAUGACAGGGAAGGGAUGCUCUCAUACGGUGGUCAAAAUACGGCUCAUAAGAAGAAAUAUUAUCCAAGCGCCAUUAAAUUUUUUGGGGUGGACCUAUCCCCAGAUAAUGUGGCUGUCGCCAUGGUCUAUUUUGUUCAAGGGGUUUUAGCCUUAGCAAGGCUUGCUGUUAGUUUUUACUUAAAGGAUGACCUACACCUAGAUCCGGCAGAGACAGCUGUAGUAUCUGGCUUUUCUGCUUUUCCGUGGCUUAUCAAACCUUUAUAUGGGUUUAUCAGCGAUUCUGUUCCUCUUUUUGGUUAUCGGAGGAGAUCAUACUUGAUUUUAUCAGGACUGCUUGGUGCACUCUCAUGGACUUUGAUGGCCACUCUUGUUGAUAGCAAAUAUGGUGCAGCUUUCUGUAUACUUCUUGGAUCUCUUUCUGUAGCAUUCUCAGAUGUUGUCGUAGAUUCCAUGGUAGUUGAGAGGGCUCGUGGUGAAUCACAAAGUAUGUCAGGAUCUCUUCAAUCCUUAUGUUGGGGGUCUUCGGCUUUUGGUGGAAUAGUGAGUUCCUACUUUAGUGGCUCACUGGUGGAGGCAUAUGGUGUAAGGUUUGUUUUUGGAGUCACAGCUUUGCUGCCAUUGAUAACGUCUUUGGUGGCAGUUCUUGUAAAAGAGCAACCUGUGCGAGGGAUAAAUCGUCCUUCAGCUAACUAUGCUUUUCUCCGGAGCUCAAGAAAGCACGUUGUUGAAUUGUGGGGUGCUGUUAGUCAAAGAAAUGUGUUUCUUCCAACAUUAUUUAUUUUUUUGUGGCAGGCAACACCACAAUCAGAUUCUGCCAUGUUUUUCUUCACUACAAAUAAACUUGGAUUCACUCCCGAAUUUCUCGGGCGUGUCAAGUUUGUUACAUCGAUAGCAUCACUGAUUGGCGUUGGGCUUUAUAAUGGAUUUCUCAAGAAAGUUCCUCUUAGGAAAAUUUUUCUUGUAACCACCAUUUUUGGUUGUGCACUUGGAAUGAGUCAGGUGCUCCUCGUUACGGGAAUAAAUCGAGAGUGGGGUAUUAGUGACGAGUGGUUUGCGAUCGGGGAUUCGUUGGUUAUAACGGUACUUGGUCAGGCAUCUUUCAUGCCUGUUCUUGUGUUAGCAGCAAAACUAUGUCCAGAAGGAAUGGAAGCCACCCUUUUUGCAACCCUCAUGUCCAUAUCAAACGGAGGGAGUCUGCUCGGCGGCCUGAUCGGUGCUGGUUUGACACAAAUGUUAGGUGUCACCAGAGACUCGUUCGACAACCUCUCGACCUUGAUAAUCCUGUGCAACCUCAGCUCACUGUUACCUUUGCCGCUGCUCCGCCUCCUUCCCCAGGAAUCUCCGGACUCGAGCUUAGAGACUACAGACAUGGAGUUGAAAUCUAACUGAAACUUAGGUAGUUACUUCCCAAAAACAAAAACUGUUAUCACUCUUUUAAGCUUCCACAAAAUUCUUGUUGGAGAGAAGAGCGAGGGACUGAAAUGAGAUUGAUUAGGAGGUGAAAGAGUGACACUCCUAAAUGGGCCCCUCCUAAAUCUAUAAUGGAGCCAAUCAUGCGGCGAGCUGACUGUGUUGUCCACGUGGGUGGGCCCUGACUCCCUUCGCUUAUCCAAUCGGUGCCCCCUGUUUUGGGAUGGCAGUUUGAUUGAUAUAUGGGAAACAUAAUUGAGUCAGGACACACCACCCGCCGCACGAGCCACGUUAUGGCUUAUCUCAUUAUGAACAUUACCCUUCUCUUACUUAUACAAUAUUAACUUCUACCCGUUUCUUAUA